AGGAUGAGGGUAAUAAUGAGGACAGAGGAAGAGAGUGAUACUGACAAGAAGCUAAAGCUUGCUUCUUUGGAUGAUGAUGCUGACUCUGAAGAGGUAUCAGAGGAGGAGGUAGAAGAAGAAGAAGAAGAUACCGAUGAGGACGAUGAAGGUAUCUAUGAAGACGAUGGACCAGAAAUUCCGGAAGAGAACAUACCGACUAUCCCAGAAGAAACUCCCAGACUUGCUAUCGUUAACAUGGAUUGGAAACAUGUCUCUGCCAAAGUCUUGUACGUUGUUUUGAAUUCGUUUCUGCCAAAAGAUGGACGCAUUUUGUCUGUGGCGGUCUAUCCAUCUGAAUUUGGACUUCAGCGAAUGAAAGAGGAGGAAAUUCACGGGCCGCUAAUUGAUGGAUAUGAAAAGAAUGAAGAUGGUGAUGAUGAUGAUGAUGAUGAUGAUGAAGAGGAGGAAGAUGAGGAUGUCAUCAACCAGAAGCUACGUGUUUACGAAUUAAGUAGAUUAAAGUAUUAUUUCGCUGUUGCCGAAUGUGAUUCAAGUGCUACUGCAGAUUACUUGUACAAAUCAUGUGAUGGAAUUGAGUUUGAGAGAUCCUCAAACAAGCUCGACCUUAGAUUUAUACCUGAUUCCAUGGAAUUCAAACAUCCACCUCGUGAUAUUAGGUGAGAGAUCCUCAAACAAGCUCAACAUAAGCAACUAAUCAGUAAUCAGGUGGGUUAAUCACUAGUAGUAAAUUUAUAUACUUUUUUGAAAAAUAUGUUAUUGGUUGAACUUGUAAAGGUAUCUUCUGGUAAUAUAUACAAACGUGCACAUAAUACA